AUGGCUUGCACAAAUCUACCAACAAUGUGGGUUUCAUCAAAACCAUCACUUUCUGAUUCAUCUUCCUUAUCAUUCCGAUCUGUUCUCAACCCACUUCCUCUCCCAAACCACAACUCCACACCUUCAAGAUCCUCCUCUGUUUCUCCAAUCCAAUCCUCUCUCCGUGAGCUAAGAGACCGAAUCGAUUCAGUCAAAAACACUCAAAAGAUCACAGAAGCAAUGAAGCUUGUUGCAGCAGCAAAAGUCAGGAGAGCUCAAGAAGCUGUCGUGAAUGGACGACCAUUCUCUGAAACCCUAGUUGAAGUUCUCUACAACAUCAACGAACAGCUUCAAACCGAUGAUAUCGAUGUUCCUUUAACCAAAAUCAGACCGGUAAAGAAAGUAGCACUCGUUGUCGUGACCGGAGACCGAGGGUUAUGCGGUGGAUUCAAUAACUUCAUCAUCAAGAAAGCAGAGGCAAGAAUCAAAGAGCUUAAAGGUUUAGGUCUUGAUUACAUUGUCAUUAGCGUGGGGAAGAAGGGAAAUACCUAUUUCCUCCGUCGUCCGUACAUCCCCGUCGACAAAUAUCUCGAAGCCGGGACUUUACCGACGGCUAAAGAAGCUCAAGCUGUUGCUGAUGAUGUCUUCUCUCUGUUUAUAAGCGAAGAAGUCGAUAAAGUUGAGCUUUUGUACACAAAGUUUGUGUCUUUGGUCAAAUCAGAACCCGUGAUCCACACGUUAUUGCCUUUAUCACCUAAAGGAGAGAUUUGUGACAUCAAUGGGAAUUGUGUGGAUGCUGCAGAAGAUGAAUUGUUCAGGUUAACGACGAAAGAAGGGAAAUUGACUGUCGAAAGAGAGACUUUUAGGACACCGACCGCUGAUUUCUCGCCGAUCUUGCAAUUCGAGCAAGACCCUGUUCAGAUUCUUGAUGCCUUGUUGCCUUUGUAUCUUAACAGUCAGAUUCUUAGGGCUUUACAGGAAUCAUUGGCGAGUGAGCUUGCAGCUAGAAUGAGUGCAAUGAGUAGUGCUUCGGAUAAUGCUUCGGAUCUUAAGAAAUCGCUUUCUAUGGUGUAUAAUAGAAAGCGUCAAGCUAAGAUUACUGGUGAGAUUCUUGAGAUUGUUGCUGGAGCUAAUGCACAGGGUUGA